AUGUUCUUCGACCCUCCAGAGCCCGCACCGGGCGCUCCGUUGCUCUCCGAUACCGACAACAAGCUGCUCAACAGCUUCUUUGAGAAUAUGAGUUCUGACCACUUCGCCACGACCUCGUUCGGCGAGGGGCUCAACUUCAGCGAGGACUGGCUGAACUUGCCGCCGCAGUUCAUGGGCACGGCUACUUCGUUCGGGCAGCAGCCGGCGGUCCCGAUGGAGUCACCACCACACCCCGUCCAGAACACAAACUUCCACACCAUCAUGCAUCCCCAGUCCAGCCUCAUGCCACCCCCUCCACCGCCUCCGGCCGCCCACUUGCAUCUGGAACAGCAGCAAGCUUCGGCGGAUGUACUAGAGGCAGCGACUUUGCUGCAGAACGGCUCCCUCUCGAGGUCGAACGGCGCGGGUCAUGAUACUAUCUUCCCUUCGAGGGAUCUGUCCACUGUGCCUCCCUCAGUAUCCUCCCAUCUGAGGCAUCAGUCUCUAGGAAGCAUUAGACAGGAUGAGCGACGUGUGUCGCACUCUAGCCAUCCGAAUGACCAUGACCACACCUUUACGGAGAUGAUGUUCGGCUCUGGAGGGAGUCAAAUCCAGACCAGAAGUAUUCAGACACCCGUGGAUGUGCGGUGGGGCUCAGACGUCAAUUUCAGCAAGGCGCAAGGUUUCGUUCCGUCCUCCGAGAAGGAGACGAGAGAGGCCAUGGAAGAGGAGCAGCUGCGGUACAUGGACUGCUUAGAGGUCAGCAAGAGUGCGGCGAGCACGCGCCCCUCCAGCCCGUUACAUCAUCACGCAGACGCUCUGCCCCUGAACCUGAAGACGAGGGUCCCGAUGAAGCCCAUCAAGAUGGAAGAUGGACACGACAUGCCGGCACGCAAACGGCGGAAGAGCAAGGCCAAGGAGGAGGUUGAGGACGAGGACGAUGAGUCAUCCUCCGCCACGAUCAAGACUGCUGCCCGGAAGAGAAAAUCAAAGGCUGAGAUCCGUUCAGCCACCCCGCCGGCCGCGACCGAGGCUUCCGGCAAACGUCGGAAGUCGAUGGCCAACGGAGCGGGGAAGCAGGCAAGGGAGAAUCUGAGCGAGGAGCAGAAGCGAGAGAACCACAUCAAGAGCGAGCAGAAACGACGAACUCUCAUCAAGGAGGGCUUCGAUGACCUAUGUGACCUCGUCCCAGGCUUGAGGGGAGGCGGCUUCAGCAAGAGUACGAUGCUUGCCAUGGCCGCGGAUUGGCUCGAGGAGAUCAUGAAGGGCAACGAUCAGCUCAAAGCACAGCUUGCCCAGCUCGAGGGGAGGUGA